AUGAUCCCAGGACAGAUGUUUCCAACCAGCCCGUACAUUGCUUUUGAAAACUACACAAGGUUCUUCAACGGCGACGUGCCUUUUGUUGUGAUAAGGGACCUGGACUUUAUAGAAGACGUGUUCGUGCGCAACUUCCAGAAUUUCGUGGACCGAGGAAUCACAAUGAUGACGGAUCAAAUGCACCCAAUUUUGGGACAGUCGAUACUGCACAUCAACGGUUACAAGUGGAAGAAUAUCCGCACGUCUGUGUCCUUCAGUCUGACUUCUAAAAAGCUUAAGCAGAUGAUGCCCCAGAUCCAAGAAGACCUCAAUGUCUUUGUCCAAGCGAUGAAGCAGUACGCAGACACGGGUAAGGAGGUGCAGAUGCUUCACAAGUUUGAAGAGCUCGCCAUGGACUUGACGGCCAGGGGUGCGUUCGGCAUCAACGAGCGCUUCGUGGGAAAGCCCGAUCACCCGUUCAUAAUCACGUCGAAGGCUGUCGCCAGGAACAUCAUGAAAGGGCCAUUCCACUUUAUCGCACGUGAGUUAUGCGUCAACGAUUGCUUCAGGCCGCUGCUAUAG